GAACCGAGUGGAACUGGAACAACUGGAGGAAUGUCAAAUUCCAGAAGGAUGGAAACUUUGAAGCUCCCACCAACGACUGCCAGCGUGGUCAGUGCAAGUGGGCUGCCAACAAGGGAAAGAUCUAUGUGCUCUGGGGUCAAGCCGGGCUCCAUGAGUUGGAGAUAGUUGGUGAGACGCCCACAGAGCAGAACCAGCAGAAGAUGCAAGGCCUGCAAAUGAGGGGCCGCCGCGUCUCCGAUGGUGAUAGAUGCUCCGCUGUUUUCCAGAGAGUCUUCGAUCAUGAGGCCGCUGAGCUCGACAAGGACCUCUACGAGAUCCUGGGCCUUCAGGAAGAUGCGGACGAGGCAGACAUCAAAAAGGUCUACCGGAAGUUGUCCAUCAAGUAUCAUCCUGAUAAGAAUCCCGAUGAGGAGUCAAAGAGGAAGUUUGGCGAAAUUCGGGAUGCCUACGAGAUCCUGAAUGACCCGGACAAGAAAAUCCUGUAUGACACCGGCGGGAUGGAGGCCGUAAAGAAGGCCGAGAAGGGCGAAAUAGAGAAAGGUGAUGAUGCCAGGGCGAAUCUGGCAGUCAGCUUAGAAGACCUCUACAAUGGCGGCAACAGGAAGGCGGAGAUCGAGCGCCGCAUCGUCUGCAGAGGUUGCAGGGUGAAGCCCGACUCGCCAAAGUGCCAGGGCUGCAACAGAUGUCCAAACGAAAUCAGGUUAGUGAACCGGCAGGUUGGCCCUGGCAUGUUCAUGCAGCAGCAAGAAGAGGUCCAGAGUCAGGAGAAAUGCAAGCAGGAGGUAGCUGUGAUAGAUGCCCACAUAGAGAAGGGAAUGCGAGAUGGCGAAAGCCUCACUUUCCCCCGCAUGACUGAUCAGAGGCCUGGCAUGAUACCUGGCAGCAUGAUCUUGACGCUCAAGGUUGCAAAGCAUCCCGAGUUUGAAAGACGCGGAGAUGACCUGCACAUGAACACCAAGGUGACGCUUCGAGAAGCUCUCCUUGGAUGGACAAAGACUGUGAGGCACAUGGACGGCCACACAGUGGAGAUCGGGACAGACAGCGUGACAAAGCCCUUCCAAGUCAUCAAAGUACGAGGUGAGGGUAUGCCGCUGCGAGACGACCCUUCUGCGUUUGGUGACCUGUAUGUCAAGGUGGAAGUCAUGUUCCCUCGGGCACUUAGCGGCUCGCAGCAGGAUCAGAUUGCAAGCAUCUUCUCCUGA